AUGACGUUCCGUGAGAAGGUCAAGCGGGUGUUCCGCUCCAGCUCCAAAUCCAAAAAUGAUGGGAAGCCCAAGAUCGAAUAUUACAAACGACAUGAGUGCCCCCCUUCUAAAUUCCGUGGUCCAUUCGACCGUGCCCACCAAAGAAGCCUAGCCGCUUGGUCCUUCGAAGGGGCAAUGGUCGAGAGAACUCGUUCAUUUGAACUCUCCGUGUCGCCCUGUGACCCCUGUGAGAGUGACGGUUACUCCCGUCCAUCCGAUACAGAAGACUCGGUCUCUCCGGAUGAUGCAGCCGUCGUCGAUCCAGUCUCCUCCAAUCCAGAGGUCCCUGCGGAAUCUUCGCCACGCGCGGCUGACUCCGGCUCUCAGUCCUCCACCAUCCUCAACCCCUCCAGUUACAGUGGCUCAAUGAUGACUCUUAUAAACGAGGGCUCUAUCUACGAGAUCCCGGAGGAUUCAAAGGACCCGAAGUUCUUUUUAAAGGAGUCAAUUCGCUAUUCAUCACCCCUCGUCCGCGCCAUCUCGCCCGCUAUGUCCCCGUGCGUCAUGUCCGCCAGAAAGGAACUCCCUUUCUCACCCGAGGAUCUCGCCCGCGCCCUGGUCGCCAUCCAGGUCUGUGGCUGA